UAUUGAGAAGAACAUUUACAGAUAAAGGUUUAAACUUUGAAAUUUAGUGAGAAAAGAAAAAUUAAAAAAUAAUGAAAAAUUUCCUAACACUAACGUUGAUGGUGGCCAUCAACUUAAAAUUAUGUCUGUCUCUGGAUACCCCUUUGGUUUCGAAAGAUUUCCAAAAAGAUUUUCUGCAGGAAAUGAGUGCGGUUAUGAAAAAUUCCGCUUUGGAGGUGCUUAAUAAAUAUCUCAAGAACAUACAAAGGCCUGCCUAUGUUAACGGCAUAUUUGACGAAGCCUUAGAUUUGGCCUUGAAAUCCAAGAAGUUGGAGACCAAAGUGGUUUUUCUCAAACAAUGGUUUGAUAUGAGCGAACAACAGAAUGGCAAUCGUGAAAACCUUUAUGGUCUACGCAAUGUUCACUUCCUCAAGAAGCUCAAGGAUAAGCUCUAUGUGCUGCAGGAGGAAAGUUUCGAGGAAAUGCAUAAUCUGCGCUAUUACUAUCUAUGCCAGCAAUUUAAUAUGAGUAGUUCGCAGGAAAGGCAAGAGGAGCAGAAACAUCAUCAUCUGUACUCAGAAGAUAUCAAAUUGGCUCCCAUCAAUGAACAAAAUGUGGCUGAGAUUUUGCAAAAAUUGGGCCUUAAGGAUAAUCACACCAUCUCCAUAAGUGUCAAGGAUUUUGGCCAGCAGCUCUAUAGCAAAGUCAAUAACACCGGGGCAGAAUUAAUCAAUGAUUACUUGUGGGUCAUACGCAAAUUGCUGCAAGAGGUCUUGGAGGCCAAGGAGGAGGGCGAAGAGGUCGAAGGUGGCAAACUGGCUGUUAAACACAAUGAGGCCUUGGAGAAAGUGCUGCAGGAAAUCGAUAUGCUAUUGAAUACCACCGAUUUCUAUAGCAAACGUCAGCGGCUCUAUGAUUAUUUGCAAAAUAAUUUGGCUAUGGAUUUUGAAGAAUUUCAAAAUACAGAAAAUUCCCAACAGGAUUUGGUGGGCAUAUUCGAGAAACUCAAAGCAAAGGGCUUAGAUCUCAUAGUGGCCUUCCUGUUUAGUAAUGUGGAAUUUGCCGACCAUGUACACCAGCAAUGGGCCGCCAUGUUGCCCAAGGCUCCGCUGACGUUGUUCGAGGAGAAGAAUGGCUCGCGUCAACUGGCCGAGAUACAGCAGUUGUAUGAGUCGUUUAAAGAGGAUUUUGAAAAUGCAUCAAAAUAUGAUGCCUAUUUGGAAGCGGUUAAAUUGUUGCAUGAGCAGACACAAAGCUCUAAGGCUGACACAACGCAUAUUUAUGAGAUGUUGUAUAGUGCCUCGCAAAAUGUUGGCAGCACUCGGGUGGUUUUAAUGAAUGAGAAAUGCAAAGAGGUUUAGCCGGAAAAAGGAGAUGGCAUAGGAGGAGAGGAGGAGUGUUAUUGGAUUCAAAGCAGUUGCCCAUGUUCCCUGGACCAACUUGCACUUGAAUGAGUUGAUUUGAUGACGCUGGUUUUGUUGCCAUCGCCACUGUAUGAUGUUAAAUUACAAUGAUUUGUAAUGUGUUGCUGAGUUGCUAAAUUGUAGCAUAGUUUUAGGCGCCAGUCAUAGUGUAAAUUCGUGUAUGGGGAUAUGGGAGUGUUGGAAAAUAAAAUUUCACAUCUAAUAAAUUU